CAAACUUUAUUUGGCUGGCCACAUAUCGAGAUUUGCAGUGCUUCCAUUAUGAACAACAAGGAUGUGGAUCGCCACCUCAGCCCGGAGCUGCUGGAGGCGAUCGCGGCCUUCCUGCCGCCCAACGACGUGGCAGCCAGUAUGAGGCUGCUCAGCAGGAGCUGCCGCCAGCUAUUUGCGGGCGCCACCACCAUCCGCCUCUCCCAGCCCGUGCCGACCCACGCCUUUGCCUGGCGCUGGUCCGGCCCGGCCUCCGCUGCCCGGGCGGCGACCAUGCCGCUGGCCCGCCGGCGGCAGCUGCUCACACUCACCGCGAGCUCGGGCGUACUUGAGAACUACAUGACCGCACAUGCGGCUGCAGGCUGCCUGCCCGACGCCGCCGUACUGGGCGCCGCCGCGGCCGCGGGCGCGCUGCCCCUCAUGGAGCACCUACUGGACCUGGCCUGUCCCGCCACACUGCCGCCAGCGCCCCAGCAGGCGCAUGAGGCAGAUGCAGCAGGGGCAGGAGCGGCAGACGGCAGCAGCAGCAGCAGCAGCAGCAGCAGCAGCAGUAGCAGUAGCGGUCGCGCUCGGCCGCACGCGCUGUGCGCUGCGGCGGAGGCGGGCCAGCGGGCGGCGUGCGAGCUGCUGCUGCGCAGAGGCGCGGCCUGGAGCGAGGCGGCGGUGCGGGGGGCGGCGCGAGGUGGGCACGUGGGACUGGCGCGCUGGCUGCGGCGCCGGCGCCCCGCAGGCAAGCGCGACUGCCACGCAGGCCAGCUGCUGCUGGCGGUGGCGGCUGGCCUGGACCUACCCGCACUGCAGCGGCUGGAAGGCACAUGGGCGGCGGAGGCGGAGGCGCGUCGCGCCGCUGCCGCCCGCGCCCUCACCUCACUGCGAGCCACCGCCGCCGCUGUGGCGUCCACAGAGCAGGCCGUCAAUGCGGCGCUGGCGCUCACACACGAUCGCGAGCGGUCUCAGCAGGUGGAGGAGGACAGGGUCGCGGCGACCAGCAACGCCGCAACCCUGACGGACGUCGCGCGCAAGCUGGCUGCGGCCACAGUCGAGCUGGCUGAGCAGGAGGAGGCGUUCUACUGCAGCCGGCCUACCGUGGAGCCGGCUCUGCCUCAGGUGGGAUCGGCAUCUGCGCUGGGCACCGCAGUGGCGGGGGGCUCGGCAAGCGCCCCCGCAGCGCUACAGGCAGCGGAGGACGAGGACGACAGUGAUACUGGCAGUGAGAAGGACGUGUGGGGCCGCGACGCCGCCAGCGCCGCACCGCACCCGUGCCUGGAGCCGUUCAAAGAGUUGGAGCUGGACGCCCACACGCGGUCGUACUUGCUGCAGGCGGCGGCGGGCAGCCCCCGGCCGGACUGGCGGGACAAGGUGGAGUGGCUGGAGGGGCGGGGGUACGUGCCGAGUGCCGAGGCCACGUAUCGCGCCGCGCAUCGGCCUGACGGUGCGGAGCGGCUUGCCUGGCUGUGCUCCCGCAGUGACGAGCUGCGAAGAGCCCGACAGCAGCAGGCGCAGCAGGCACAGCAGCAGGCGCAGCAGCAGCAGGCGCAGCAGCAACAGCAGGCGCAACAGGCGGCAGGCGGCGCCGCCGCCGCCAUGGGUGCAGCCGCCGGUGCCGGUGCUGGGGAUGGUGUGGCCGACGGGGAGGGGGAUCAGUGGCGGGGUCAGAAGGAGGGGUACUACGAGCCGGACGAAGGCACGGUGAUGGCGGCGGUGGAGGCGCCUGAUCCGGCAGUGCUGCGGCUGGUGCUACAGCGCAUGUCGGCGACACGGCGGCGACAGAUGCGCGGAGGCGAAGGCGAGCAUGGUGGCGGUGAGGGCGAUGAGGACGGAGGCGGAGGCAUGCAUUUGCAGCAACAGGUGCAGGCGCAGCAGCAGCAGGCGGCGGCGGCCCUGCCUCUUGGACCGCUGCCGCUGCCGGUGCUGUUUGAGGCCGCGGCUGUUGCAGCGCGCGGCGGUCGGCUGGCGGCGCUUCAGCUGCUAGGCACCGUGGCGUUGGAGGAGGAGUGGGAGGACGGGAUGGGAGGGGGCCCGGUGGAUGUCGCAGACGGCAUCUGGCUGCAGCCUUGGCUCCUGCGCAUGGGCUGGCGAUUGCUGGCGUUGGCGGCUGAGGGCGGCAACAUGCCGUGCUUCAGGUGGCUUGUGGACUGCGGCGCGGUGCGUGUGCCGCUCCACCUGCUCGCCCACGUCCUGCUGCCCGCUGCCGCCAGGUCGGGCACUCUGUGGCUGCUGCGGCGGCUGCUGUCGACCGACAUGGAGUUCGGAAUGGCGGGGCUGGGCGCGGCGGCGCCGUCUGGGGAUGCACAACGAGCGCUGCCGGGGGCCGUGGCGAGCGGCUGCGUUGCGGCGGUGCAGCUGUUGACGGCGGCGGUGGAGCAGGCUGCCCUGCGUCCGUCGCUGUACCUGGCCGCGGCCCGGCAUGACGACCUGCUGCUGCUGCGGCACCUGGCCACACAGCUGGCCUGCCCCUGGACGGCAGGAGGAGGAGCAGGAGGAGGAGCAGGAGGAGGAGGAGGAGGAGGAAGAGGAGGAGGAAGAGGAGGAGGAGGAGGAGGAGGAGGAGGGACACAACAGCAGGCGGCGGAGGCGGCGGCAGCAGCGGCAGCAGGCCCGGCGGCGGCAGCAGGCCUGGCGGCGGCAGCAGGCCUGGCGGCGGCGGCGGCGGACGCUGCGGAUGGCGAUGGUGGUGAUAAGGGUGGAGGUGGAGUUGAUGGGAGUGGUGGUGAUGAUUGUGAUGGGGAUGGGUACGGUGGCAUUGGAGCUGGCGCAGGAGCCUUUCUUCGGGCGCCGCCGCCGGCCGAUGAGAUGCACGUGCUGGCCAGUGCGGUGUACAGCAUUUGUGAUGACGGUACUGUUGUUGGUGGUGGUGGAGAUGGUGGUGGCGGUGCAGGAGGAGGAGCAGGAGGCGGUGGCGCGGGGGGCGGCCGGGCGCUGUGUGCGGCACAGGUAGGCACGCUGCGGCUGCUUGUGGAGCUCGGCUGCCCCGUGCCCGACUGGCAGCGCCUGGCUGCGGCAGUGGCGCUGCGGCGGCGGGCGGAGGUGGACGAGGACGGUGGGCGGGGCCUGGCGGCCUGGAUGCGCCAGGUGGUGGAGGGUAGGAAGCAGCAGCCAGGCACGCAGCAGUGAUGGGUGAUUGUGGGCAGGAGCAGCGGCCCAUGGGGCGGCGCCGCCGUCACCUCAUCCCUGGAAUGCAUUGACAAUGCCAGGGAGGUCAGGCUGGAUUGGGUCUGAUGACUACUGCGUAGGAGAUAGUACUGGACGGGUGCGCGCAACCGUAUAGCCAUGGGUUGCAGUUUGGACACUCGUUGGCAUACGGCACUGUACAACUUUACAUAAACCUAACAAC